AUGAUGAUGAAUACAGCUGUGCAUCCACAAACGGACUCCAAUGAGCAACCAAUAGUGACAUCAAAUGAACGACACACAUUAUUACAAAAAUUAGCUUCAAGAUGCCCACAGGAAAUAUCAACAAGAAUCGAAAACGAAGCGUUUGAGAAAUCUCAGGUCUCAAUAUUUGAAAAACGUUCACACGUAUCUUCAACACUUUCAAGCUUCUAUACAAAACCGUGUCAGUCAGCAGCAGCAGCAGCAGCAGCAGCAACUGCAACAAUUGCAACAACUGCAACAACAACAACAACAACAACAACAACAACAACAGCAGCAGCAGCAGCAGCAGCAACAACAACAGCAACAACANGAAUCGCUUGCAACAAGCAACAGCAGCAGCAGCAGCUAUCGGAACAGCAGCAACGACAACGACAACAACGACAACAGCAACAACAGCAACAACAACAACAACAACAACAACAACAACAACAACAACAACAACAACAACAACAACAACAACAACAACAACAGCAACAACAACAACACUCGAUAAAUAGCAAUAUAAGAUUUAUAAAUGCAUCAACAAAUAUUCCUCCACAAACAGCUGUAAUUAAUGGUAACCAUGUACAACAUCCAAUAAAUCAAAUGCCUAACCAAACACCUCGCUUUCCUGUUGUUCAGCAAUCAUCCCGAAUGAACAAUCCCCAACCAACUGUUCUUAAUCCCACAGCACGAGCGCGUGAAUUACCAAAGUUCAAUCCAACAUCUAUAAAUACUUUAUCAUAUUCACAAUCUCCAGUAUCAACAUCGACGAUAACAACAACGGUUGAUUUAUCUCAAGAUUGUUCCUCUCAACAAAACAAUGGUACCAAUCAAUACGAUAACUCAUUAAUUCAACCACGAUAUCCUGUUGCAGCCUCAGUCAAUGCACCACGACAACGAAUAUCGAUACCAAAUAACAAUUUUCAACAACAAUCAUCAUCAAAUAAACCAAAUGAUAUAUCAAAUCAAGUUUUUGUUGGAGGUUCACCAUCGAGACCAAUGUUACUAUCAUCAUCAUCACCAACAACAACGUUGACAACAGUCAAUACAAAUAGUUCAUCAACCGGUGACCAAUUAUUACAACGCAUACUAUUAUCGAAUACGGAUGGAAAUCGUCCAGCAAUAUCAACGAAUAUGCUGCCCACAGCUCGAAUAGCUAGUACAAUGAUUAGUAAUUCAAAUAACAGUACAACUUCUCUUCGGCCAUCAUUAUCAACUCAAAAAUUAUCACCUUCACCGGCGCUUGCGAUUAUGCCAACACCGAUUCAAGCUUCUACUGUUCCAAUUCAAUCAUCCAAUAAUAUGACUAUUCAACGAAGUCCUUUAAACAACAAUAAUGGCUCACUUUCAAGUAAUUCUCAAACAGUUUCAACGAAUAGUUCAACAGCAAUGUAUACUAACUAUUCAUCACCAACGAAUCGUGCACUGCCUUCAACAGGUAGUGGGAUUAUUGCCAGUCCUGAUAAUGAAAUAGCACAAUUAAUAAAAUAUCUUAAAGAGAAUGUCAAUCGACUACAACUAUUGUGCCAAAAAUUUACCAACGACGGUAAUACUGAAAAACUUCGUCAAGUUCAAUUAGCUUAUCAACAAAUAAUGCAGUUUAUUAAUAACCCAACAUAUGAAACUUUACCAAAUGCCAAGCGUCUGCGUGAUGUACUAGAGCAAAUAGCUAAUCGCUUGCAACAAGCAAGUAUUUUAUCUGUAUCUGCAACAUCUGCAGCUUCAGCAACAUUACCAACAACAAUAAAAGCAGCAGCAGCAGCAGCUACCGGAACAGCAGCAACGACAACGACAACAACGACAACAGCAACAACAGCAACAACAACAACAACAACAACAACAACAACAACAGUAGUAGCGCCAGCAGCAACAAAUUCUCAAACGAAUGUAUUUAAUCAUUGUUUACAAGCAACUAAAGAAUUUCUUUCACGUGAUCAAAAAGAUCGAAUUAAUCUAACAAAACGAUAUCUUGAACCAUUAAGUGAUGUUAUUAAUGGUGUACCACAUAAAAUGAUGCGUCUUGAUGGUGAUAAACCUUCAACAAUAAAAAUUCGUUCACGUAAUCAAUUAUCAUUAUUAUCGAAUCUAAAUGAUGAAAUAAAUCAAUUGCCAGAUGAUAUUUACUCAAUUGAACGUGUAUCACUGGCGUGUACAAGAAAGUUUUCAAAUGAUGAUGAUGAUGAUGAUGAAUACUUGAGUAAAAAUGGUAUUGUUCUACGAUGUAAAUUACUGGAAAAGCCAAAUCCUCUUAUUCCAACACUUCGUUUACAUGUAACAACAUUUUAUCCAGAGCAACCACCAGAAGUUUUAUCAUUAACUAAAACUAUGCCACCAAAAUUAGAAUUUGCAGAUGGACAUCCGUUUUUUGACCAAAUAUCAUCGAUAUUUGUUUCUCGUCUUUUUAAAUUAAACCCAAAACAUACCGUAACCGAUAUUCUUAAUAUUUGGCGUCAAUCUGUUCAAGCAGCUAUGUGA